AUUUUUUAUGCUGGAGUUCAACUUUAACUUGUGUCCCUAUUUAGGAGAUUACAAAAGGGAUGUUAGAGAAAAUCUCCAAACUUUCCAUUUUACAGGUGUCACAGGAAAUAAGAGAGAAAUCCCCCCAAAGGGGACACAGGUAACAAUAGCAACAAUUGCUGGGACCUCAAUUAUACGCUGAGACGGGGCGGACUGACAACUCAUGGGGCCCCCGGGCAAUAGGGGAUCAUGGGGCCCCUGUGUCCUUGCCCAAACUCAAAAAAGCCUAUGAAAAAGGUACCAGGGGCAUCUCAUGGGGUCCCCUACUGACUCUGGGCCCUCGGGCAGUGCCCGAGUUUCCAAAUGGUCAGUCUGCCCCUGC